AUGUACCCGACCCACGCCACGCCCUACUCGCUAGCUCCUACGCCAGCCUCCGGCGAGGUGACUCGCUUCCCGCUCAAGCGGUCGGAGAGGACGAAUCAGGCCACGGGAGGGCGGAACGGGCGGGAUCGCUGCAUCCUGGCUCUCCGUCUCGUCCUCGCCGGCGCGCUCAUCGUCGCGGCGGCGACGCUCAACCUGUUGCUUGCCGAGCCCGCGACCAACGCGACGGAUUUCGCUGACGCCACGGUGCUCGUGACCGGCUAUCAGCCAUGGGGAAGCCUCACUCACAAUCCCGCAGCCGGAGUGGCCACUCGCCUCAACGGGACCCGCGUUGGAAGCUGCGUCAUUGAGUCGGUCUCGCUUCCGGUGAGCCGCGAGGGCGCUGAGUGGGCGGCGCGGCGGCUCGCCUCCUCCAACGGCCGUAUCGCUGCGGUCAUCCACUUGGGAUUCGAAUCUCGUGCAAAGGGCCUCAAGCUGGAGGUCGCGGCAUCCAACGUCGCCGCGCUCAGCAACGCCACCGAGCCGAGUGCCGGCCCCGGAAGCGUCGGCGACGCCGAGGGCGAUCGCCACGGGCGCUGCGACGCGAGUCCAGCCGACGAGAUCGAGCCGAGCGCGCCCUGCCUGCUCGCCUCCACCGCACCCCUCGACCUGAUAUCCCUGCCGCCCGCUGUCGAGGCGUGGUCGCGGGACGGCACGGUCUACGAAGCCUGGUCGCGCGACGCCGGCACGUUUUUCUGCAACGAGCAGUACUUCCGCACGCUGCUCGCGAUCCGCUCGCUGCGGCUCGCGCCGCCGCCUCCUCGCUCACGCCACAAGCUUCCGCCGCCAGAGGGGUCGCUGCUGCCCACGCUGUUUGUGCACCUGCCGCCCGAGGACCUCCACGAGGAGGCCGAGGUGGCCAAGGUGGUGCAGGCCAUCGCAGAGCGGAUGGUGUUGGGCCGGUGA